AUGCCUUCCGUGGGCCCCCUCGAGGGGGCCGGUGUGGAGGGGCGACAGGGCGCCGCGCCGGGGCCGGCGGAGGCGGUGGAAGCGGGAGGCCGUGGCCCGUCAGGCCGGCCCGCCGGCGCAGCGCCACACGUGGCGGGGCAGCUGCCGUACGUAUUGGGCUCGGCGGGCACGUGCGCCGUUCCGCUUUCGGAGGCGCUGGAGUCUGCGCUCUGCUCUACGGUGGAGGCGUUGGCCGCCGCUGCGGCGGAGGCCGAGGGCAACCUCCUCAACGCCUGCGCUCCGCCGCCACCCCCCCGCUGA